AUUGAAUAUUAUCUGUUGACAGUUGUUCCUGAAGAAAGCUCAAAGAUUUUGUUUUAAGCCAACUUAUGCUUGAAGAGAAGGUCUGUUGUGCCUCGCAACUGAAUUGGGACGUAUGUCCUAACCCUCUAACAGUUUAAUUUAAACCGAGAGAUGGAUGAAGAUGAACGGCAGAGGAAACUAGAGGCUGGGAGAGCUAAGAAAUCCUCCAACAUGCCACGAAGCCAGUCGCUUGCUAGCUUCCGACAAAAGCGGGCGAAAGGCGACGGUGCGGGGGCGGCGAAAAAGACGCAGAAGAGGAAGGGCCAGACUGUCUCGCAGAAUGACAGCACAACGCAAGACCGUCGCGUAGAACCAGCACUUCCUUCAGCCAAUGACACAGAGCUGAGAAAGAAGACCAACCAUGAGGAACCCCAGAAGGCAGAGAAACUGCAGGUUCAGCAGACCCAGCGACAGAAGGAACAGCCCCCCAUUCCAGAGCAAAGCCCGUCCCCUGUGGAAGAUUUUAGAGAAGAGGAUCUAGUUGCACUCACUGGAAAAGAGCAGCUCAAGCAGUUACAACAGGCUGUGGAGAAACGUAAUGAGAUAAUUGCCAAGCUCAGCUCCAACCUGCAGGAGGCCCUGGCCAGUAGAGAUAAGGUACAACUAGAGGCACAGUCACUUGCUGGGCAGAUUCAGGCGUUACAGAGACAGCUCCAGCAGACCAGUGUAGAGUUCCUUCGCAUCAAAAGUCAGUCAGGGCCUGAAGUCCUCAACACUCAUAGACAACAGCAUCAGCAUGGCCAUUGCUCUCAAGAUGCACCAUCAGGAGAAUCAGGGAGUGCAGGACCUGGCUCCCAGUCAAGUGUUGAAGGCUUCAGCACUGACAUUGCAAGUGAUACAGACGCUGUUCUGCAUAAACUGAGGGCUGAGCUGGAAGAAGAGAGGGAGAACAGCCAACGCAUAUGUGCUGAACUAGCGAAGGAGAUGGAUAAACACCAACAUGUACUUUCUUUACUGGAGAAGGAGAAGAAGGGCAGAGAAGAGGAGCAAAAAGAGAGGGAGGCACAGUUGCAAGACCUCCAGGUCCAGCUUAGCUCAGUCCAAACUCAGUGCCUUGAGAUGCAGCAGUACAAGAUGGAGAAGGAGAAGCUGAACAGAGAAGUCCUGGAGCUGAGGAAAAGGCUUCAGGAGGAAGAAGAUUCUGCCCUUCGUCUCCAGAGCCUUGAGGAGGAAAGACAGAGACAGGAGGAGGAGAUACAGAGGCUCAAAGAGGAGCACAGAGAGGAGGUGGAGAGAGUCAGGCAGGUGUUGGAGGAGAGGGAGAAAGAACUGAAGUUUAGAGAGGAAGAGGUCAUCGGACUCAAAGCUUCUAAGAAUCGGCAGAACCAGGCGAAAGCUGGUUUUAGUUGUGAUGAAAGGUUUAGUGUAGAUGAGGCUUAUCUGGAAAGUGGACCUGAACACGACGGCACGAAUGUAUCAAUACCUGGGGAUAUUAUGAUGGAGCGCUACUUGUCUUCAGCUCCUCUUGCACACUCACAAUCUUCCAUGGUAAAUGAAAGCUUUGAACACUGCAGUCAGCUGGACAUCUCUGCGGACUACAGUUUUGAGCUGAACAGUGAAGUGUUGGGAGAUGAGCCUCUGUUGUCAAUUUCGAACCGUUUCCCUGAAGAAAACGAUAACCCCCACAACAGUUUUAGCCCACUCUGCUCCCCUGGCCUCCCUGUGGCUGAUAAUUCCAACCCUCAGUCUCCACCUCUGUGGCUUCACAACUCCACUUCCGGCGAACUAGAGAUGAGUAAACUGUCUGAGCAGCAGUUUGAGGACACCGACCUGGAAAAAGAGCUGCUGAAUCAGCAGUGUGGAGAGCUCCGUGAGGAGCUGGCUCUUAAGGACAGGGACUUGAUUGUGUUGAGAGAGGAAAUCAUCAAGACUGCUGAAGAGCUGGAGGAGGCCAGAGACAGGUGGGCCCAAGUAACAGAAGAGCUCAGGCAGGCUCUCUGGGAACUUGAAGAGGAGAAGGAGAAGAGAAGACAUGUAGAGGAGGAGGUGACAUUGAAAGACCAUGAACAAGACAACCUGAAGAACAAACUCAAUGCCUUAAUGGAAGAAAAAGAAAAGGAGAAUGCAGUAAUGUCGAUGGGAAAGAAGGCUGCUGAAACCUCUCUGCUGGUCCCGGCUACCUCUCCAUCAGAAGAGGGAGAUAAACUGGUAGGGGAGCUUAAAAAUGAGCAGAAGAAGGAGGCUGCACUCCCGUCUCAUCAAAAACAGCAGGAGCUGCUACUAUUGUCUCUGCAGGAGAUAAAGCAGGCUUCAGAAUCUGCCAAACACAGCCCAGGGCUCAGAGAUGACACCCAGCUGCAAACACUGCAGGCUCACUGUGAACUUCUCCUGUCGGAGCUAGAAGAAACAAAAACAACAAAUAAAACCACAGCAUCGCUACUAGGUCAAAGGACUAUGGAAUUGAAUGAAACAUUAAAGGCGCUCGAAACUACUCGUGCACAGAUUCUAAAUGUUCAAACAGAGGUGGAAAGGUUGCGUGAAGAGCUGGAGAAGAGCCAGGGCAGCCUGGACAAUGCUCAAAAAGAAAAGAAUGAACUGGAAUCGGAGAUUGUCUGUUUGAGACAAAACCUGGCCAACCUGGAGGAGGCCCAAGCCCAGGCAGUGCAGGAGAGGGAGGAGCACAGGAGAAAAGAAGUGGAGAUGGAUGAACGGAUAAAACAAAUGGAACAAGUCUUAGAGGAGGAACUGGAGCAGUUUGAGAACCUGCUAAAAGCCAAAGAUGUUGAGUUGACUGAAGGGAGGGAGAAAUGGGAGGAAGAGAGGCAGGAGAAGGAUAAAGAGCUCCUUGAUGUGAAGCAUCACCUGGAGGAGCAGAGGAGGAAGAUGGAGGAGGAGGUGAAGGCUCUCCUGGAGAAGCAGGUUUUGGCUGUUGAGGCGGCUACAGAAGGGCUCAAGACAUCUCACCAACAGGAGAUAAAAGACUUGAUGGAGAAACAUCAGCAAGAGAUUUCUGAGUCAAACACUGACCUAGAGUCAAAACUGCUGAAGCAGCAGGCCGUUAUGGAGGAAGAACAGAAAAGACAGAUCAGCCUAAUCAAACAGGUGACUGAACGUGAACACGAGAGGAUGGUUUCAGAGCUCUCUGCCAAACACAAUGAAGAACUUAUUCAAUUGAGGGAAAGCAUGGAGGCUGCCCACCAGGCUGAACUGCAGCAGUUACAGGUCCAAAAGACCAGUGAGCUUGAAACCUUGCAUCUGAGCCUGACCAACGUCCACAUGUCCAAGCUGGAGCACUCCCAGGUAAACUUUGAGCAGGAGUCUACUCUCACCAAAGUCCAGACCUCCCUGAGGGAAACAUUUUCCCAGGAAAGUGCACUCCUGCAAGCCCGGCAUCAGUUAGAACUGGACCAGCUUAGAAAGCAGAACCAGGAGCAGCAGGAGAAACUGCGUGAGCUACACCAACAAGACACAAAUGAGCUGAAGCAGCAGUGGGAGACUUCUGUUGCUCAGGAGAGAGCGGCCAUGGAAGAAAAGCAGGCCAAAGAGAUACAGGCUCUAAGGUUACAGUGGGAUAAAGACACUGAGAGCAACCAGUCAAACCUACAAACAUCUCUAUCAGAGACCCAGAACAGCCUUUCCGCCUCCCAGACCGAACUUGCCAGCAUCCAGGCCUCUCUCACAGAGACCAAAAAAGCUCUAACUGAAGCCCAGGCAGCUCUAUCUCAGACCCAAUCAGAGCUGCAGGAGUCACGGGCCAGGCUGGAAGAACUCCAGACCUCCAGUAAGGAGCAAAACCAGAAACAAGAGGAGGAGUUGAAACAAGCCUGGGCUGACAGAGACGCUGCUGCCCGUGCUCUGGAGGAGUUGGUUUUGAGUCAUAAGGCAGUGCUGCAGGAGAAAGAGCAACAAGCACUCCACCUAAAGGAGAAGGAACAGCAACUGCAGCAAGAGGUUCUACGCCUACAAGAGGAGAAGACCCUGUUGAAACAGAACUCAGAACAGGAAGUUGGUCAGCUGUGGACCCAGUUGGAGAGCAUGAGGACAAGUCGUCAAGAGUUGGGAGAGCUAAAGGAGCAGCUGCUCGCUCGCUCAUCUCGCGUUGACGACAUUGAGCGCCUUAAGACAGAGUUUAAUGAUCAAAAACAGGAAAUCAAAGAGCAGAAUGAGGCUGAGCUGGAGAGCCUGAGGAGGUACUUUGAGCAACGAUUGCGGGUAACAGAGGAGAGCUACAGAGAGGAAAUUGCUCUACUCCAACUGAGGCUGGUGGAAAGAGCCUUGGAGGAAUCUGUGUUGAAAACCACAGAUGACAGUUUCAUAUCUCAAGGCCAAGCUGAAGAGGAAGAAGAUCAUGUGCUUUCUGAUACUAGCUUCAAACUGGAGAAACACAAGGAAGCGCUUGAAAGUUUGCACCUUCAGCUGGAGGAGAAACACACAAUGGAGCUUUCUGAUCUAAGAUCUUCUAUGGCUCUUUCCUUUAAGGAAGAGGUGCGACAGAUGCGCUCAGACCUCACUGACCACUACUAUGAAGAGCUGCAGGAAAUGAAGACUCGUCACGCACUAGAGCUGGAGCAACUCAGAGCCAAACUUUCUGAGCGUCACUUACAAGAGCUUACCAGAGUUCGUUUGGAGGCAGCAAAACAGGUUGAGGUGGAAGUGGAACAGAGGAUGUGGUGUCACACUGAGGAGCUGCAGACAAGGAUGACCAUCAUCCACAACCUGGAGGGCAGAAUGGCUGCCUUGAAUAAACAACAUGAUGCAGAAAUGCAAAGGAACACACAAAAGUUGAAACAGGAAUUUGCUGGGGAGCUCAUUCUUCUGGAGGAAUCUCUGAAACAAGAGCGAGAGCAUGUGCAGGAGGAGAUGAAGAGGCUGAGAGAAGAGCUCCAAGAGAAGCAUGAAGCUGAGCUCUCUGCCCUCAGAUCAGACCUUGACAGAGAGACUGAAAGGGAGAGGACAUGCCUUGAAAAAGCCCUUCACGAGGAGAAAGAGAAGUUAAAGUCUCUGCAGGCUGCACUGGACAAUGAUGAGAGCCCGCAGGUCCUAAUAGUGAGGCAGAGACUGGAGGCCCAGUAUGACAGUGAGCUGCAAAGGGCAAAGAGCUGCAUGGCAGCAGAUAUCAAGGAGCUCACUGCUCUCCUUCAGGAGCAGGGUGAGGAGCGGCUACACCAAACCCAAGAGAGGUUCCAAGAGGAAAAAGCAGUGCUGGAGCAGAGUUUGGCCCAAAAAUAUGAACUCUCUCUGGCGGAGCUAAAGAAAAAACAUCAAACUGAGCUGGAAUAUGAAAGAGCAACACUACUGAACAAACACUCCCAAGAGAUGGACACACUCUGUGCCAAACACAAAGCACAACUAGAUUCACUCAGUGCCAGUCACACAGAUCAGCUUGCAGCUAUGGCCGUUGAGCUUGAAUCCAAACACAACGCUGAGCUUGUUGCCUUGGAAGUAGCCGUCACUUCCAAACGAAAGGCAGACGUUGAAAGUCUGGAGGCCAUCUUUCAGGAGACCAACCAGGCUCAGCUGGAGGCUUUAGAAGCCGAGUUAGCUCGCAAACACCAGGAAGAGGGGGAUGAGCUGGAAAAGAGGAUGCUGGGUAAUAUGGACACUUUGGAAGCCACAUACCUGAAAGAAGUACAAACUCUGCGUGAUGAAAUGGUGCAACUUGAAGAGAGGCAUCGUCAAGACAUGAAUCGCCAGAAGUCAGAACAUAAGCAGACAAUGGAGCGCCAUUCUGCAGAGCAGCUAUCCAUGAGGGAGCAACUGAGGAAAGAGUUGGCUCAGGUGCACAUAGAGAAGUUUAGUGCCAUGGCAGCAGAGCUCAGCCAUGUUCACAAGACUGAGCUGGCUGCUCAAAAAGAUGCCUUAGAUACUGAACACUGCAGAGCCCUGGAGACACUUAAGAAGCAGGUUUUAGAACUAGAGCAACAACACAGCACUGCUCUCCAGGAGCUCGCGCAAACCUACUCUGCAGAGAAAGAACAACUCAUUGAACAGCAUCAACUCCAACUACAGGAGUUGAGGGGUGCCUCUGCGCGGGAAUUGGAGGCAUGUCGCAGAGAGCUUGACGAGGAGUCAUCCAGGCAACGUCAGCACUUCCUAGAGGAGGUGGAUCUCCUCAAAGUCCAAUCAGAGGAGAAACUACAGGACAGGAUUAAUCAACUGAUGACGGAGUUUGAAGAGCAGAAGCAGGCGGAGCUUGAGGACCUGAGGCGGAGCUUCACAUCUGAACAGGAGGAGAAAGAGCGGAGCUACACAGGCAAAAUGAGCCAGCUCACUGCCCAGCUGCAGCAGCUAGACUCUGUAGUGGCCCAGCUACGAGCAGAGGUUGGUUGUCUGCAGGGAGAGUUGAAGGGAAAGAGUGCUGAGAUGGAGACUUUGGACACUCUCCUCCAACGAAGGGAACGAGAGAGUCAGGAAGGAGGCAACCUUUUAAAGAUGCUCACUGACGACUUACAGACUGCUAAAGAGGAAAGGUGUAAACUGCACCAGGCCAAUGAAAAGUUGAGGAAGGUGCUGAUUGAGAUGAUUCGCAGCACCAUCGCAACUGAAGAGCUGAUUGGACAAAAGAUCAGUGCCAGAGCCAAAACAUCUGAACAGUCGACCCACCAGAGGAGCACAACAGGGAACAAAGAUGCACAGGAAUCAGGUAUUUCGGUUGCAGACUUGUCUGCGGAUGACAUGGAGCUGACCCACCUGCUUUGUGAAAGCCUGCUGGUUUCAGAUACUCAGAUCAAUCCUGGGGGAGAAGAAGCAGCUCUGAAUGCCUGCAGCAGACUGCGUCUCACUGUUGACACGCUGCUAGAGCUGCUGAACCAGGCCAACACACAGCUGGAGCAGACUCAUGAUUUCCACUUUUCUCUGGAGGAAAAGUUCUCCCAGGGCAGAGAAGACUCCGCCCAUCUCCUUGAGCAGCACAAGCUCCUAUUGGAGCAGCUCGAUCAGGAGGCGAGGCUGAAGAGUCAACUCCAGCUGGAGCUCCACAAGGCAGAGGGGCUUCUGGAUGGCUAUGUGGCUGAGAAAGCAGUCCUAGAGGAAUCUUUGCAGCAGAAAGAGACACAAGAAGAGAGACUAGUGGAGGAACUGGAGGACCUGAAGGUGAAGCUGCACCAGAUGCAGGGCCUCACAGCAGAGCUGGACAGCCUCAGACUAAAGCACCAGGAGCUCAGUGAGGAGCACACACUUCUCCUGCGCCAGAAGGAGCAUCUCUCCGCUGGACUGGGGGAGAGGGAGAAAGCUCUACUGGCGGAGACGGAGCGUUUGACCCAGGAUAGGCUGGACUUGCAGCGGCAGGCUGAGAAAGACCGCAGCUCUCUAUCCCUGCGCCUCAGGGCCCUGGAGAGAGAGCUGGACGAGCAGGAAACAAAGGGCCUGGAGACAGAGCAGCACCACAAGACCCACACCGAAGACCUCAACCAGCAUGUCCAAGCACUUGAGAAACAGCUGAAACAUGACCGGCAGUUUAUAGAGGAGCAGGCUGUGGAGCGUGAACACGAGAGAGACGAGUUCCAGCAGGAGAUCCGAAGGCUGGAGGCCCAACUCAGACAGACAGCCAGUGUGGAUAACAAAGGACACAGGUUUGAGGACUUGGUUCUUCAGGUGGAGAGUCUACAAGCUAUGAUCAAAGACAAAACAGAGGAUCAUGCCUCCUUGUUCACAGCCAAUCAGCAAGCCCAGCGCGACCUUGCAGAACGCAAUGAGGAGAUAGACAAGCUAGCCGGGCGAAUCAGAGAGCUAGAGCAAGCGCUGCUUAACAGCACUGAGAGUAAUAGAUCUAUGAGUCAACUGGAACAAGAGCUCCACAGAGCAAAGUUGAGAGAACAGGAGCUCACACAAGAUAAGCAGGCACUGGAGCAGCAGCAGCUCGCUAACAGGCUUCAGAUCUCUGCCUUGCAGUCCAAACUGGAUGAGACAAGACACUGUUACCAUGACAACGCGCGUGACCCCACUCAGGAGCUUAGGGAUGCCCUGGACACCGCUCAGCAGGGCAUACACAGCAAAGAGCAAGAGGUUGAGGUCCUGCUUGGCCAACUAGACAAUGUGCAGAGGGACUUGAACAUCAAAGAGGUUGAACUAAAACACCUCACCCUACAGCUGGAGCUACUGACCAAUCAGAAUACAGCUAAUGUUAACGAGCUCCAAGAACAGAUUGCUGCCCUAAAGGAGAAUGUCUCUGCUCUUACCAUACUCAAGGAGGAGGAAGAGGAACAAAGCGAGUUGGAGGACACAGAGGAGACCCUCCCCGCAGCAUUACUCCAGGAGAAAAAUCAGGAGAUCGACCACCUCAACAAUGAGAUCCAAACACUGGAACAAGAGCUGGAGAACAGCAGGGACAAUAAGGUUUUGGAGGCUGAGCUUGAGGACCUGCGCUCACAGGUGGAACACCUUCAGUCUGAGAUUAUGAGAGUGCGUGAGGACAAACAGGAAGAGGAGGAGCGCCUUCAUGAGGUCAUCAGCACACUGCAGGCGGAACUCGCUACAUUAGGCCCCAACCUGCAUGAAGUUAGUGACUCUCAGGAUGGGGACAGCAUCAAUCCCUCACCGGCCCCCAGCCCCGAACCUCGCCACUAUACCAUCGAGGAACAAGAGAGUAAGGGAGGCCCGAACAGCCUGAAGCAAGAGCUCAGUUUGACUCAUUCUGCCUCAUCUCGUUCCCUUCGAUCUCGUCUGAAGGCGCUUCAGAGUCAGCUGGAGACUGCGGUGGCAGAGAAAGAAGGACUGGAGCGGUUACUGCUCACCCAGGAGGAAGAGUACAGAGGACAUGGUGAGGAGUUUGGAAAGAGGCUGAAGGCUGAGAGGGAGAGGGCAGAUGAACUCCAAGGUCUCCUCACCAUCAAAGAAGCUGAGCUGGAGGAAAUCAAAGCCCAGAUAGAAGUGGAGAGGGAGAAGAGGAAGCUAUCUGAAGAGGAGAGGGACAGCUGCAAAAUUCAAUCCGAAGAGAUGAGCGCCCUACACGAGAAGAACGGCCAACUCAGCUCUCUGAUCAUGGAACUCCAAAAGAAAGAACAGGAGUGUGUGAGCGAGAUCCAGACUCUAAAAACAAAGGAGCAGGAGAUGAAAACAGAAAUGGAAGUCCUCAGAGAAACCAGUCUCACUCUUGAGAGACAAAUCCAGGAGGUGCGAGCCAAGGUGGUAGAAAUGGAGGAACUGGUUGCUGAGGAAAGAACAAAGAUAAAAAACCUUGAGACUGUAAAGGGAGAACUUUCUGCUGAACGUGAGGCGCUUAGGAGAAGGGAGGCGAAACUCCAGGAGGAUAUUAAAAGGCUCAGACAGGAAGUGACUUCAAUGAGAGCUUGUAUCCAGGACCUGACAGCUCAGCUUAAUGAGAAGGAAACCAGCCAAGAAGAGGCUCAAAAGGAAGUGCUGACUCAUGCUGAGGUGACCCUGGCUAAAGCAGACGCUGCCUUGAGACAGAAGGAGGCUGAGCUCGCCAGACUGAGUACCGAGCAUCAGGCUCUGAGGGCAGAGCUGACUGCGGUGAAACAGGGUUUGAGUACCAGUACAGAAAGAGCUGAGAAACUUCAUGAGGAAGGACAGACCAAAGACCUUGCCCUCGUAGACCUGGAGACUGAUAACCAGAGGCUGAAAGAGCAGCUUCAAGGUUUACAAGAAGAUUUGGCUGUACAGGAAGAGGAACUGGCCUAUCGGCAAAGAGAACUGCAGCAGCUCAGACAACACUGUCACCAGCAGGACACCCUUCCUCACCAACAAGGAUACACCAACAAGGAUAUUUCUCACAGAGCUUUUGAGGACAUUGUGAGUGUCUCUCGGGACGAAGCCUCUCUCAGCUCCCCAGAGGUUUUAAGGAGACUCGAAUGCUCCGAAGACAGAAUCCCAGAACGUUUCCACGCCUCUGUUCUCGGCUCUCGGCUGUCUGAGAUCAGUGCUUUGAACAGCACGGGCCUGGAUCUCCUCCAGGUCAAGACCUCUCCCAGGGUGGUGAUGGAGCCUCCACACUCCAGGACCAUCACACCAGAUCCAGCCACACACAGUACCCACUCCCCAGGCUCCAUGUCUGACAACUUCUCUAUGCUUGACUCACUGGACACUGACAAAGUACGUGAGUUGGAAGAACUUGACCUAACAGCGCCUCCUUCUCCUCUUGGCUCCACCUCCUCCUUGUCUGCACCAGAAUGGGCCAGUGAUGGAUAUGGCAGCAAUGUGAGUUCAGAAUUGGGUGCGAGGUUGAGAGUGGAGCUGGAACAGACUGAAAGGCUGGAUGCUCAGUUUGUUGAGUAUCUCCGCUGCAGAGGAAUUAACCCUACAGUUAACACAGAUAGUGCUGCAGGCAGUAUGAGCUACAGUGAUGACCUGUUGUCACCUGAGCUUCAGGCUCUGUUGAAGAAAGUGUAUCAAGAAAGCUGCAGAAUUCUCACUUUGUCUCAGCGUCGUGGCAGUUCCUCAACCCAUCCUCAUGUCUCAGACUUAAAAGCGUUCUCAUUGAGUCACACACAGCACCAUUCUGAAGAUAGCUCCACCCUACUGAACCAUCGGGACAAAUCAUCCUCCAACCCCCCCAUGAGCUGGGAGCAGGAGAAGAGGGCACUGCAGGAGACUGUGAUUGCUCUCCGAGAGCUGCUCUGUCGAAUGGCACAGAGACAUACUCAAACUGACUACAGAGGUGAUGACGACUGGCACAGAGAUCAACUCUGUGGACAGUUUGAGUUCCAACUGAGGGCAGAGCUGGAUGAGAGCCAGAAACAACUGAAAUGUGCUUUCGACACUCAGCAAGAGCAAAAGAACAAAAUACAGUCACUCAGGUUGGCUUUAGAAGAAUGCGAGGAAGCUUUGAGGAGGGAGCAGACCAGAGUCCAGGAGCUUCAACAACAACUGGAGCAGGAGAGAGCUCUGAGUCUCCGUAAGGACCGAGAGGAGGAGGAAAGGAGAGGGGCUGUGCAAGUAUCUUCUGAGCAGCAGAGGUCAGAGGUCAUGACUCUGAAGGGUCAGGUGGAGCAGGAGAGGGUGGCCUGCAGCAACCUCAGACAGGAGGUUCAGAUUGAACAGUCCCGCAGUGUGCUGCUGGAGAAACGUCUUGACGACACCCAGAAGGAGCUAGAAGAUGAACGCCAACUUUCCGCUCACCAACGAGCGGUCAGCUUGGAAGAAAAUACUCGUCUUGAGCGCCUCCUGACUGAAGCAGAAUCUCGCACAGCAGAAAUUCACUCUAAGCUUGCAGACGCUCAUAGGAAGCUGGAUGAAGAGAGGGACCGUUGCUCCAGGCAGGUGGAUGAACUCAGCCGUAGACACGAGGCGGAUGCAGACAGAGAAAGGAAGUUCAUCUCCGACAUGCGCGCCCAGCUGGAGCAGGAGAGAAGGCAGGGGGAAGAGCUGGCAUCUGUGAUGGACAAACUUAGGGCUGAGCUACUGCAAAGCAAAAGGAAAUGGGAAGAGGAGGACAAAACAAGGAGGGAGGAGCUGCAGAGGACGCAGGAGGCCGCCACCCGACAUCGUGUAGCUAUGGAGACUUUGAAGGAGCAGAAACAGGAAGCAACCCGUGCUUUAGAGGUGGAGCGAGAGCGGUCCAGACGCCAUGGGGUGGAGCUGGCUGAGCUGAAGGAGAAACUACGACAGCUGAAGGACAAAGAGAGGGAGAGGGAGGAGCAAUGGGAGAGGGAGAGGAGGAAGGGGAGGCAAGAGCAGAUGGAGAGGGAGAGACGACAGGAGAGGACCAAUAGCAAACUGUGUGAGUUGGAGUUGUUGAGGCAACAGGACCAGCAGCGCAUGCAAGAGCUGCAGCGUACUCUGGCAGAGCUGGAAAGAGAGGAGAGAGAGAUGGCUGCUCAGAGGCUGUCUGGACGAACUACAGGGCAGCAACACAAGGCUGAAUCCUCGCAGCAUCUCCAAAGCAACUUCCAGACAGGCAGCACACAGCAAAGCCAGCAGAUGCUGUCCAUGCCGUCAUCACCCAAUCUGCUGGAAAGGUUGUUGAAGGACAACUCAGAGCUGACGGAGCGUGUGACAUCACUGAGUCAGGAGAGAGCCACACUUAAACAUAGACUCACGGGCCUGGAGCGCCAGCUGCGGCGCACAGAGAAUGAGCUUGCGAAGGUCACCACAGAAACUGAAAACAGACCCAUCAAUGACGUGAUCAGCAACAGCAAGGUACAGCGUUUGUAUGAGCGCUACCUGCGAGCUGAGAGCUUCAGGAAAGCUCUAGUGUACCAGAAACGUUAUCUGCUGCUACUGUUGGGAGGUUUCCAGGAGUGCGAGCAGGCCACACUAUGUCUCAUCGCCCAUAUGGGUGUACGUCCGUCUCCCCCACUCUCCUCCCAGCGCAGACCCCUCGGACGAUUUAGAGCUGCUGUACGAGUUGUCAUUGCUGUCUCAAGAAUGAGGUUCCUGACCAGGAAAUGGCAAAGAGCAAUCAGACGACUAUCUGUAUCUGGGACUGUUAAUGGACAUGCUGCAGGACCUAAAGCUGAAGUUUUAAGGCAACAACAGCCGAGAUUAAAUACUGACUCGCCACCAAACAGAGACAGCAGUGCUGUUCACAGAGACACAGUGUCCGCCCUCGUUCCACCCACCAAAUCACCUUUCAGGUUGCACAACAGGUCGUACUCCAGCACCAGUCCGGCCUCGGGGCAUACAGGAGGAACAUCUCAGGAUCCAGAACGAUCCCUGACAGAAUAUAUCCACCAUCUAGAGAAAGUCCAACAGCGGUUGGUGGGAGCCCGGCAAGGUUCGUCUGUUCUCCACCCUGACCCGAAGUUGUUCGACCACUGAAAGCAUCUCCCCUGUCUGCAUAUCGUCACUAAACUGUCCAUGCCUUACACCCAUGUAGAAUUUUUUUUUUUUUUUUUAAUGAGUACAUAAAUUAUUUUUAAAUGUUUUCUAUUCUCUGUACUUCAGUAUUUUGAAGGUCACUCUUGAAUUGCAAGAACAAAUGUUUUUCAUUAUUUUAAAUGGGUCUGCUUGUUAUUUUUCUACUAAUGUUUUAUACCCUUUUGUGCUACUGUAUGUAAAUAGGACUGAUGUUCAUUGCACAUGUGUCCAAAUUUGCACUGGUUUUUAUACUUGAAAUCCAUGAUCAACUUAGCUAGUGAGUGUUUUAUUGCAUAAAGGUGAACCUUUUUGUGUUUUUUUGUAUUAUCUAUGUUUGUACCAUAAAGUUGAAAAAUAUUUUAAAUCUGUGCUUACAAACCAAA